GUGCUAUACUGCGUGCUCUUGACAGGCUGACAGCGCAAUCGGCCUCUGAAAAAAUCCAACGAUAUUAUUUUGUUACAAAGAUAAUUUCACAACGUUUAAAACAAGUGUAUUGUGAACAUAAUAUAAAAUGCAGCAAUUAACCAUAUUUAUGGACAUAGAGAGUUCUCGGUCAUAUAUCGACGAGUUGUACUCCACCGAAGGCGGGAAGAUCGUGGAAGCGCUAGUGACGUUGAAGAACACAGUGAUCGGGAGUAAUCGGCAGAAGAGUUCUGUGAUCCAGCAAGGGAUCGUGCCGCGCUUAUUGCAGCUCAUGGCGGACGAGUCCCUGGAUCCAAACAUAAGAGUGGAGGCUACGAUCACUAUCGGCUCUCUAGCAAAAGGCACAGCAGAAAACGUAGCAGCAUUAGUUGAGCAAGGCACAGCAACAGUACUGGUGGAGUUACUGAAAACUGUCCCUGUGGACUCGAAGCUUGCAGAAGCAGUACUAUGUGCCCUACGAAGUGUGUUCCUUUACCCUCCUGCGCCUGUGGCAGCCUUGCCGGCGGACAUGAUGCUUUUGACGAGGUUGACCCAGAUAGCCCGCGAGGGCUCAGACCUCGCUCGCGGCUGCGUGGUCCGCGUGCUCUCUCUCUGGUGCAUGGGCACCGCGGAGCAAGAGGCCCUGUGCGCCGCCGGCGCGUGCGGCGCCGCGGCGGCCUUGUUACACUCCGCGCCGCCACGAGCGUUACCAGCUCUUGAUCUACUCGCCGCUAUGUGCUUUGAAAACGCGAAUGUUUCACAGCAGGCUAUGAACACCAGGUAUAACGACCGAGCAAUACCAGAGCUCCUCACCUACCUAGUAUCCAGAGACAAGCCUCUGCCGGUGGCCAUGGGCGCCGCCCGCUGCCUCACCUACAUGCACAGGGCGGGCGCGCUCACCGCCGACGACAGUAGAGUGGUCUUCGGAGCAUUGCCCUGUCUCGCGCGUCUCUGCACAAAGGAAAUGCCGGAGGAGAUCAGGGCCACGGCGGCGGAAACAUUAGCAUAUUUAGCAGAAGUAGACACGUCAUUACAAAGGCUAGCAGCGAUAUCAAACCACCUCAUGAGCUCUCUAGCGGACAUCGUCAACUGUAAUAGUGCUGCGGCCAAACAGGGCGCGUUUAAAUGCUUCGCUUCCCUCGGUGCAAAUGAUGAAGAUAUUAGGAAAAGGAUUAUUGAAACACAUGGACUCAUGGUACACGUGGUCAAUGGAAUGAACAACCCGGAACCUGCGGUGCGGCUAGCGGCAGUAAGAUGUUUACACUCACUAUCAAGAUCUGUUCAGCAACUACGGACGACAUUUCAGGACCACGCAGUUUGGAGACCUCUAAUGCAACUACUGAGUGACUCGCCCGGCACUGAACUGCUGACCGUCGGCUCGUCCACUCUUUGCAAUUUGCUGUUAGAAUUCUCACCUGCCAAGGAGCCUAUGUUGGAUCAAGGUGCUGUAGAAAUGUUGUGCAACUUGACGAAAAGGCCAGAAGCUGCUUUAAGACUGAAUGGUAUCUGGGCAUUAAUGAAUAUGGCUUUUCAGGCGGAGCAAAAAGUGAAGCAACGCAUCUUAUCCUGCCUCGGCACCGAGCAGAUGUUCCGACUGCUUAGCGACGCGGACACGCGGGUCAUCAUGAAGACGCUGGGGUUGCUACGGAAUUUGUUGUCCACGAGGCAACACAUAGACGCUAUUAUGAGCGAGUAUUCCUCGCAGGUUAUGCAGGCGGUGAUAGUAGUACUGGAAGGCUCGUACCCGGCUGAAGUAAAGGAGCAAGCGUUGUGUAUACUUGGAAAUAUCGGCGACGGCGAGAAAGCCAAGGACCUUAUUAUGGCCAACGAGGAUGUACUGAGGAAACUGGUGGACUACCUGGCGCACCCCGAGAGCAAACUCCAAGAAGCAGCUCUUUUCGUGGCCGGCAAUCUCGUGUGGCGCGGUGAAGCCGGCGCGGCGGCGCGACAAGCGCGCCUCGCCUCGCUCGGCGUGCUGCGCGCGCUGCAGCUGCUGCGCGCCCGCCGCGACCACCAGCUGCACGACAAAGUGAAGACUGCCCUGGCUCAGUUCAGCGAUUUCACAUAAUACCGCCGCAGCCCGAGGCGCAAGCGACCGCGACGCGAGUAACUCGAGUCCCCAGUCCUGUCUCGAGUCUCGAAUCUCAAGCCGCGACUCCCGCGCCGGAGGUCCACAUGUGAUAGUCCACGGACAGUGAGUUUUCCAGUCAUACAGUAAUUUAGUUCUCAACGUUAACAUAAGCUAAAGUAACGACGCUAAACACGUAGAAUUUCGUACAUUGACUCACCUGUUUUACGCAUAAUGAUUGUACAGUCCAGCCUGCACAGUGGCAUUGACUGCAGGAGAUAUAGUCCGUUUUUUAAAAAGAAAAUAAGCGAUUUUGACGUAUCUUAUUAUUGAAAAACCCUUUGGGAAAUAAGACUCGGCAAAUAUGUAACAAUUAUAAAUCAUAUACAAUCAUUUACAUUAUUUUGCUUUCACAAGCAAUAUAUGCAUGAUUGAUUUUUAAAUUUCAAUGUCAAGAUUGUUUACCUUUUUUCUAAUGCUAAAAAAUGACCUAUACAGUGUCUAUGUACGAAAUUCUUUGUGCUUAGCGUCCUUACAUUAACUAGGACUUUAAGGUUUAUUGUACAUAGCUAAGUUCGCUUAAUUGUUAUCUCGUCUUAUGAAACGUUAUUGACUAUUUAUUUUUAAUAUAAAGUUGACAUUGAAUGUCUACUCGAACUUGAUUCGAUAGGACCAUUGCCGAGGUGUUGAAAAUUAAAUUAAAUUUAUUGGCUUCAAAAUUAAUUAAUAAUCAAUAUUAGAUAUGACACUGGUUUUUUAAACUGUGUGAAAUAUCGAAUAGUACUUUUCACGUGUCCAAUAUACACGCUUUGAAAAUUUUACUAAAUUAAAUUUUUCGUACAUAAAAUUUUUUAAAUUAAAAAUUUGUUUUUAACGAAAGAGGUGCUAAUCCCUCGUGUACUUCAGGCUGGGAGGUACAAAUGAUUGUCAGUAAAAAUAAGCAAAAAGUCAUUAACAAAAGUACAGUUACUUUAAAUUAAAGUAAAUUCACUUUGCAAGUUUGUCAGGCGAACGUAGACUCCUCAAUGACAAAAUCUUCUAUUUUCAAAUCUUUCACACUCUUCUUUCCUUUUUCUCUAUAUGUUUUUUGUCUUUGCUAGUUUGUUAUAUUUACUGACAUUUUUUUGUCCCUAGCAUUAAACUUAGUGGAGUAAACGUAGUCAAACUACAGUAGUGUAAUUUUUUAUUAACUUAGGUAUUGUUGGUUAUUGGAUAAUGCAAGUGACUGUAUUUUGGAUAGCUUUUGAUAAUGUGGAGUUUGUCUAUACGACUGUACUUGCUAAGCUUUUCUAGGUGUACAACAUCCUACAAGAGUGUAUAAAAAGUUAAGCAAAAUGUACAAGAAUCUAUGGUGACAAUUGCAUGAAUGACCAAUUGUAUUGGUAUAGUGUUUUUCAAACUCGAAGGGUAGGCUGACAUUUGUUAGAAAUUAUAGAGUUGUGACAAUGCAAAUUAGAAACGUUUUUUACGAUUCUCGAUUAAAUCUGCAAAGGCCAUGUUAUCGAUUCUGUUGGUGAUGCUGAUGAAUUGAUGAUUUAUAUUUUUAAGUAAACAUACCUUCACAAUUGAACGCAACUGAAACAAUGUGACACGAGCGGAAUCGAUUCGGUCGAUAAGUAGGGUCAAACUCUAUUGCACUUGAGUUCUGUUUUAAAAUGUAUCUCUGUAUUUUUAUAGCAUAAUAAUAUAUAUUUUUGUGAUUUGUAUCUCGUAUAGUGAGAUAUUAUAAGUAACGAACAUAUGUAUUUAUUGUCCUAUUGGGAUCCAAGUUAUUAUUGUUAAAAAAGGAUUGGUCUGAAAACUCAAUGGCUUUGAAUGAAAAAAAAAAAAGUCAGCCUAUUCUUCCCGUUUGAAAAUAGUACAUUGUGCAACGAGGGGGGUAAGUGAAACUUUGGAAGCGAGGGUGGUAAUACCCCCGGAGUUACACACAAUGUUUUUCAUCACACUUGCGAAGAAAAAACAAAAUUUUAAGCGAAAUUUUUCUUAAAUACGGUGACAUAUCAAACAUUCGUCCGCCAUUUUGUAAUUUCUUGACAGGUUAGUCAUCGAAGGCACAGACCUAUUCGGUAUUCAGCCACGAUUGAAAAUUAUUUUAAACAGCUGUUAAAUUAAUCAAAUUAAAUAAUUUUAAACAUAAACAAACAUAUUAAAUUAUAUACGUCAGUAUUUUAUAAGUAAAACUCAUUUAUUCUAUUUGGUUUGUAUGAAUCAGUGACAUAAUAAAUAAAAAAAGCUGUAACUCCCUAGGGAGUUAUACCUUUUUUUUCACAAUCCUUAACUCCCGCGGAACAUAAUAGGCCUUUGUCCUUCAGUACACCUGCAUGAAAUAGGAUCUUUUUCGAGCAAGUGUGAUGAAAAUACUAUUAUUGGUAUGAAGAAUGUAUAGGUACUAUUCUCUUUGUGAGUCAAGAAAAUUGAUAAUAAUUCGCAACUAUAAGGAACUACAGUAAAGCAGGGUUAAAAGUUUCGCGGAUAAAAUACCGUGUUAAAAAAACUAAGCCACUUCAAUCCUAAUACGACUUAAUUUCAGAAAUUCAGAGCAAGGCGUAAUGUUCCUUUCUGUCCGUGGAUCUUUUAGCCCCGCCCUACCUUAUCAUUAAUUGAUAUUAAUAAUAAUGGCCUCUUAAUAAUACUCUAUGUUACCAAACAUUGUAAAAAUAUUCGUUUAUUUACACUAAAAGUUGUUUUGAAAGCUCAGUUCACAUAUUUAUGUCAUACACAUGUGCGUGUGUGUUAUUUAGAGCUAUGGGACAUAUUUUUGAGUAUGUUGCGUGGACCCAUAUUUUUACACUUGACUGUAUUGUUCAUAGAAGUGACCUUUUUGUAAAAUAUGUUUGACCCUCAAAUACUAUGACUUUAAAAGGGUAUUUGCAAAAAUAACUCGAGUUAACUGACUGACAUUGACUAAAAUAGACAUGCUGUUUUUGUAACUUGUGUUUUUAUUGCAAACAUUUUUUCAAUUUAACUGUAAAUAGAAAAGGCAUGAUAGUCAUAUGCAUGUUUUUUUUUUCAAUAGAUGUUGAAUUGGUCAUUCGACAGAAUAGUUUUAUUACACCCAAACUUAUUAUAACAGUAAUUUGUAGAACAAGUUUUGUAGUAAUUUUUAUUCUGAACAACAGUCAGUCUUGAGAUUGUAAGACCUAAUUCCCUAAUCAAUGAUUUUACUUGCAACGGAUUUUGUUGAUAUAUAUGGAUAUGAUUUAUAAUAUAUUAAUUAAUUGAUUGAUCAUUUGGUGUUAAACGCUGAUAUCAGUUUAGUUCCUUUUAUCGUUUAUCUGCUUGUAAGGUCAGAACGGAUUAGUGUGUCUGUGGGGUAAGUGUGGCUGGCCAUCACAUUGGGGCUGUUCAUUACACAUUGAUAAGAGGAUAUUGCGAUUUCAUACAUUUUCCAAUAAAUGUAAGUAGCAAGUAGCAUAUAUAAUAUAAACUCGCAAUAAACACUAAUUAAUGUGUGCUGGCCUAACGAAUAAACUUCAGAUCUUCGUCAAUAAGCCCCUCAGGUCGAUCCUUCACGUUUUCUGUCCAAAAACCAUUCGAAAUGAAGACCUAUGGGGUUAUAUCCCGGAAAUUGCAACACGGAAAUGGAGAUGGAUAGGACAGGACAUACUAUUCGAAGAAGAGAAAUUAAUAACUCUACCAUCACUUUCAGUUGGAAACCGCCGAACGGAAGCCGUGGCUCCGGGCGCCUUGUACACUCUUGGCAACGGUCUGUCAUAAGUGAGCUACGAGCGGUCGGGUUGAGCUGGAGCCAGGCCAGAAGGGUCGCUGGGCGGGGCGCUUGUGAAGGCCCUUUACACCUCUAGAGUGCUUUUGGUCAACAACAAUGUGUAUGCGUUUAGUGGCAAAUGUAUGAAUUCGCACUAAAUAGAUGAGUAUUGACAGCUGCUGACAAUUUGUAUACAGCCCCGGCAUAAAGGCCAGUUCCACUUAUCCCGCAGCCACACUUAUCGAUAUUGACCUUGUGUUAUCCUUUUAAAACUGGUCGGCAUUCAAUCGGCGCGCUGAUUUUUUAAGCAUUCAAUCAGUCCGGAGCUGACGUAACUUCCUAUCAACUCGUUAAACGGUACACCUGUAAACACUUGCAAUCACAUUGUAAACCGUUCGUCUGUAAGAUCAAUGAGGGCUAACGCGUUUAAUUUCGCCGCUAGAGGUGCUAGUGUAGACGGAGGUCUUUCAAAAUGUCAAAUGCAUAUUAUUUUUGGGGGUUACAAGCUUUCCUAUCGCGAAUUUUCACUUCUUAUUUAUAACUGCGGUAUUUUAUUUUAUAUUUUUGAUUAUUAAUUGUAAACAAUUUCAAGGAUUUUCAAGGUUGGUUUUAAAAACUGCCAACUAAAAUAUAUGCAAAAUUAAACAGGUUUAAAAAACGGCAUAUUUAGGUUUACUUAUACUUUUGUAUGCCGUUUUUUAAACCUGGACCACUCUAUUAUUGGAACGUAUUAUUUUUUUAAUUAGCAUAACAUAAUUUUGAGACCUGUUUUUCUGGACCACCAUCUACAGUGGCGCCAACUGACACGCACAAAACGGCAGCCCUCAUUACUAAAUAAUCAUGUGAUUUCCUAUAUGUUUACAUUAUACUGUGCGUGAGCAUCGUUAUUUUUAUACCAUGGUUUGCAAUAAACGAUUAUGAUUACGAUUACCCUAAAUUCUACAGUGCCAGACGAACAAUGUUGCCUGUCGAUGUUCUUUUAUGGCUCAGUUUCAUUGGUCGAUAACUCGGUCCAUAUGAAGCGUGCGGGGACUCCUCGAAGGCGGUAUAACGACUAAUGGAACUCAUAAGUAGAUAGUUCGGUCGAUAAACAGUAUGCGGGUGACUACCAGGGCAGGCCAGGUGGUAAAGUGGUAUAACGACCAGUGAAACUGAGCCAUUACAGAUGCAAUUUACCAAAAUAAUGUGUUCAAGGUGAUGGCAUAGAAAAGAAAAAGUUGAUUAGUAAGUACAACAGCAGAUGUAUAUUUCGUUAAUAUUAUUGAAAGUGCUGCGACACGUUAACGUUUCACGCGAGACGACACAUGUUAUCCAGCGGUGGCAGUAUGGUUGCAUUUUUAUCGCCUGUCACUUUCGCACUUACAUACUUGUUAGAACGUGACGGGCGUGUUGACUGGUGAUAAAAAUGCGACCGUGUUUAGCUCGCAGGUACGACAUCAUACUGUCUAAUCGUCUAAACUGACAGAUACUUCAAUUCUUGCACAUAAUUUGUCAGAAAUAAACACUGGCUGACGUGGCAGCGUGUAUUUUUGAUUCAAUCACAAAUUCUACGGUUAGUUAUGGUACUGUUAUAACUUACAAAAAUUUACGACCUUUAUUUGACAACUGUCACAAGUUAUGAGUUAUGACUACGCAAUACAUUGCCGCUCGCGAAAUUUUCAAAAAGAAACUAUGCUCUUUUAAUUUAGGCCGAGUAAAAAAUUCUUUAUAUCUCGUUUCUUUGCACUAAAACUAGUUUGUUUUUGCGGUUUUAUUAAAAAUACACGCUGUGUAAUUCAUGCUAUGAAAGAGCAAAUAUAAACCUUAUACGAAAGCAAGAAGGUUAUUUGAAUAUUGUAAGCAUCUUGACGAUGUCUAAUUUAAUCUUGACGAAACCCCUCGCGAUAUCGCCUUUUCAUACAAAUCUAGUUCUCAUUUUCCCCUCUGGAUAUUAACAUUAUUGAAAAUAUUUUGACACAAAGCUAUGCUCCUACUAUAAGAGUAAGGCGCAUUUAAAAAAUUGUAUGAAGUCUGUUUUUCGCUCCUAAUUUUUACAGUAAUAAAAAAAUCGACAAAAGACAAACAUCGGGGCAUAGCUAUUGUAAAUAUACAUCAAAUUCGUAACACUAUUUUCCAUAAUUUCAAUAUUCAGAGAGGACUACGUUUGUAUGGAGAAACGACCGUUCUCUUUCCUCUUAAUUCGACAGAAUCCAAAAUACUGGACUAACCCUGAGACCCGUUAUUUGCAUUUUUUCCUAAUUAGAAUCAUUACGACUAUUGAUUGCCAAGGAGGUUGAACUCACGACCUUGAAUUUUUUGUGUUGAUUUGUGGAGCUAUUUUUGGCGCUGUGAGUAUAAAUACUUACCUAUACUUAGCUUGACCUUUAUCCUUGCCAGUAAAGGGUUAUUGUACCUAAAACAUAGCAGUUACAAUUAAAGUAGUAUCGCACUUAAAUAUGUAUCGGCUCAAAGCAUGAUUUUCUUACACUAGCUUUUUAUGUAAUACUUGGCAAACUAUCCUAUGCUGACUGUCGGUGUUGUUAAAAAGUGUUUAAUUUAGUCUAUGAGAUCUAAAUGUUAAGAGGGAAGAAUAGCUUUGCGAUCCUAACGAAAUAACGGUACUUUUUAUAAGGAUACCCAUUUCGGGAGAAAACGGUUUCAACUAACUAAAUCUUAACAAACCACUUUGAUUUUGAUGUCGAUUGCUUCAGUAUAUAUAUUACUCGUAUAUUCUAGGAUAGGUUUCGCUUAAAAAAAAAUGUAAAAAAGAAAGACCUAGUUUUUCAUUGUGUCAAUAACAUACUAAAAAUAAUGGAGAAUGGAAAAUAUUUAGAAGUGUAAAAACGUUUUCUCUUUUUGUAUGGACGAGCAGGACGAGUACGUGCUAUACAUUCUUCUUAAGUAAAGUAUCUUAAAUUCUUCUAAUUUUUAUUUCUAAAGAAUGUUUUAUAUUUAUUACACCUAUCUUAACCCGAAUGCCAAUAUAGGCUUCAAAAAAUUACGCAACUACAGCUAGAUAGACUGAAAUAGUUUGCCAAGUACAAUAUUUCAUAUUGUAAACUGGCAAUUCAUAAAUGCAUAAGUACGUUAAUAGUGUUGCUGUUUUAUGUAUAAUUUGUGAAAUUGGGACUGAUUCAAGUGAUAGCUAUACUUCUGCCUCACAGUUUGAUUGCUGUACAUACAAUUAUUAUUUAUUUUUGCUAAGAUUGACAUUACGGGAGUCUCGAAUCAUGAUUAAUGUUACAUUUUCCAUGUUAAUAUGAAAAUAUUGCAAUAUAA